AAGGAGCGUGUGAAAGAUAUGGAUUUAUUUUUUAAUAUUUUUAUUGUUCCUCAGUGUUAUCCUUUUUAGUUACUUUAUUUUUAUAGAAGCACCGGUACCGUUUUAUAAAAGUAUCGAAAUGGCACCAGUAUCGUGUAAAACCCAAUCGAUACUCAACUCUACUGUCCCUGCGAGCAUGACACAUGGAAUGAUUUUUGCUAAUAUCUACUAUUUAAAUCCUUGAAACGUUUUGACUUUAUUCUCAAAAUAUUUCAACUUUAAUCUCAUAAUCUUACAAAGGUUUUUUUCAACGUGGCACUAGAACGCUGUCGUAGUAUGUAGUUUAGUUUUAUGCAAAAUGUGAGUUGAGUUGUUCUCGCUUUGAUGCAUUAACUGUCUAUAACAGUAAUGUCAGAGUCAUUUAUGUAGCUACUUAAAGGGUUAGUUCACCCAAAAAUCAUAAUUAUGUUAUUAAUAGCUCACCCUCAUGUCAUUCCAAACCAGUAAGACCUCCAUUUAUCUUCUGAACACAGUUUAAGAUAUUUUUGAUUUAGUCCGAGAGCUCUCAGUACCUCCAUUAAAACUUAUCGGUCUUUGUUAUUUAGCGUACCAGAAAACAUGUCAGCAGCGACGUGAACGGUCUCACAACAGACUCGGAUGAGAAGACAAUUUUAUUCUGAAUUUAUUUCUUUGAAUGCAUUUGUGAGAGGCAAAGCUAAUUUUUAGGGUGGCAGUUGCCCUCCCUGUGCCACCUUUGUGGACACGCCAGUGCAACCGGUGUGCUGACUACUGAACUCUGGAGCUGAUUGAGAUUUGAGACACCCAGACAUUUAGUUUGCAUUCAUUUUUUUCCUGUUAAUUAUUCUUACCUUAAACAGACUCAACUGAGGUCCAUGUGACAUGAUUAAAAAGAUGGCGUUUAUUAAAGUGGAGAGUGAAGACAUGAAGAUUGAAGACACAUUCAGAGUCAAACAAGAAGAUACUGAGGAACAAACAAAGAUGGAGUUUAUUAAAGAAGAGAGUGAAGAAACAUCCAGACUCAAACAUGAAGAUACUAAUGAACAAACGAAGAUGGAGUUUAUUAAAGAAGAGAGUGAAGAAACAUCCAGACUCAAACAUGAAGAUACUGAAAAGCAAACAAAGAUGGAGUUUAUUAAAGAGGAGAGUGAAGACAUGAAGAGUGAAGAAACAUCCAGACUUAAACAUGAAGAUACUGAGGAACAAACAAAGAUGGAGUUUAUUAAAGAGGAGAGUGAAGAUAUUAACAUUGAAGAAACAUUCAGAUUCAAACAUGAAGAUACAGAGAAAACAAAUAUGGAGUUUAUUAAAGAGGAGAAUGAAGAAACAUUCAGAGUCAAACAUGAAGAAGAUACUGGGGAUCAAACAGACCUGAUUGCGCUGAAAGAGGAGAAUCAAGAACUGAAUGAAACGAAAGACAAAGAUCAAAAUGAGAAACAUCAUGAUUUCAAAACUGAAGAGGAACUGAUUAGUUGCUCACAGACUGAAAAUACUACCUCACCAAAAGAAGCUCAAAAUACACAAACUACAAACCUUAAUUCUCAAAUGAGGGAGAAAACGUCCACCUCCCAACAUUGUGGGAAGAGUUUCUCGCAUAAAGUAAAUCUUAAAACUCGUGUAAGAUUUCAAACUGGAGUGAAUUCUUUUGUAUGUGAUCAGUGUGGAAAGAGUUUCAAACAUAGUGCAAAUCUUAAUAACCACAUGAGAAUUCAUUCUGGAGAGAGACUUUUCACCUGUAAACUGUGUGGGAAGAGUUUCACACAUAAUGGAGGUCUUAACAAUCACAUGAUAAGUCACACUGAAAAGAAGCCAUUAAUAUGCUCUCAGUGUGGAAAGUGUUUUUCACGGAAACAAAACCUUGUUCUCCACAUGAUCAUUCACACUGGAGAAAAGCCUUUCACCUGCAAAAUGUGUGGGAAGACUUUCACAUAUAAAGGAAACCUAAAGACUCACAUAAGAAGUCACACUGGAGAGAAUCCAUUCACAUGUGAUCAGUGUGGAAAGAGUUUCAGACAUAGUGUAAACCUUAAUAACCACAAGAAGAGUCACUCAAGAGAGAAGAGUUUUAAAUGCCAUCAGUGUGAACGGAGUUUCACAGACACAAAUCACCUUAAGAAUCACGUUAAAAUUCACAUCGGAGAAAAGCCUUUCAUGUGCCAUCACUGUGGAAAGAGUUGCUCGAGAGAAGAUGGCCUGAAGAUUCACAUGAGAAUUCACACUGGAGAGAAACCGUACAGCUGCCCUCAGUGUGGAAUGAGUUUCAGGGUUAAAGAAUACCUUCAGGUUCACAAGAGGAUUCACACUGGAGAGAAGCCUUACAAGUGUCCUCAGUGUGAGAAGAGAUUCGCAUUUCAAAGCAGCAUGAAACGUCAUUUGCGAACUCAUUCUGGGAAGAAAUUGCCACUUUCUUCAGUGUGACUAGGUUUAGAAAAAGGAGUUACUAGUAUUCUAUCAUCAUCUGCUCAUUCAUUUUGGUAGACAUUCAGUUGAAAUCAGUGUAAAAAAAAUGUUGCCAUGUGAAGUCAUGCAAAUGUGAAAUUUGUUUUAUCAAAAGUUUGGAGUAAGAUUACAAAUAAUUGCAGCUAUACCCCUCGGCCACACCCAUUAGCACCAAUAUCUGUUUGUAUUUGGUAUACUAUUUAUAUGCAUUUUCAAGAGACUGUGCUCAGUUUACUCAAAAACAACAAAAACGUUUCUCGAAUCGCACAGUGUAUGCCUGGCCUAACUCCAGACAGCUAUGAAAUCAACAGAGCACUUCCCUCCAAAAGCACGCACCUUGUCCAUUAUUUGUAUAUAGCAGAACAAAUUAUCCCUUACUUUAGUGAGAGAAAUAAAAUGUGUGGUGUGUGAGUAUGUCUCAUGAAUGCAUGAGAGCCCUGCCUUGAGUGUGAAAAGAAUAAACAAGGCUAUGUUCACGCUGUAGCUGAAUGUGGUCUACAUCUGAUUG